AUGGAGAAGAAUGAAAAGGAAACUCACGACUUCAUGAACGUGGAAUCCUUCUCUCAGCUUCCCUUUAUCCGCCCGGCCCCUAUUAGAGAAAAGGGUAUUCGUUUAUUUGGCAAGGAAUUCGGUGGUGACUCUGUUACGGCGAGCAACGAGUCAGAGUCAGCUGAGAACAACGAAGACAGAACGAAGGAGAACGAGAAUGGAGAUAACAGCAGAAGAUUUGAGUGUCACUAUUGUUGCAGAAACUUCCCGACUUCCCAAGCUUUAGGUGGUCACCAAAACGCUCACAAAAGGGAACGCCAACAUGCGAAACGAGCUCAUCUUCAGUCAGCAACGUUGCACAACUCUUUUUCUGACGCUCAUUUGUAUGGGCUUGUCAACUACAGGCUAGGCUCAGUUCCUACACCAGCUAUGACUUACCCUUCAUGGAACAAUAGCAUUAGCAGUAGUAGCAGUAGGUUUUAUGGGAGCCAUAGCUCGUUUUCUCAACCACCCAUCAAUGGCAGCCCACUGGGGUUAUGGAGAAUCCCUGCUACGGUUCAAAGUAACUCAUCUAAUUUCAACCGUGACCAUUCAUCAUCGCAUCCGUUGCCUUUGUUUGCUGGUGAUGAGUUGAAGCCGUCGCAGGGUGGUGGUUCAAGUUCCCAGAGUCGGUACGUUUAUGAAUCAAAGCCAAGCCUGCAAGACCAUGUGAGUUUGGAUCUACAUCUGUAAUAAUUUCCUAAUAACUUUUGUUUUAAACGAGGAAAAACAAAAUCUUUGCUGUGCAAAAUGAGGCGAUUUUAUAUUCCGAGCACACCGAAUCUUCACUUGUUCUUUUUUUUUUUUUUUAACAUCUUGGAUUUUAUUAUUUUUAGUGUGAUUUCAUAUGUAAAUGAAAUGAUUUACGAUCUCUUCAUUAAUCUCUACGGUGUAACU